UGACCGGGUCUCGUGACAGCCUGGGCGGUGGCGACGCAGGCGUAUUGGAGCACGGUCGCUGAAAGCCUGAGUGAAGAUGGCGGCCUCCAGAGUGAGCCUCUGAGAGGCAGAGGGAGGAGGCGGAGGGGGCGGGGAGGCCGCGCCGCCGCGGCACCAGGAACCCGCGGCAGCGGAGCUACAGGGCCCCGACCGGGGAAAGGGGAAGUGGUGAGGCGGAGGAGGCCGGGGUGCACCUCAUCUCACUCCGGACGCGGAGCCGGCGGCGGGAGGAGCUCGGGCUGGAGCCUCUCUAGCCUUCCGCGAAGGUUGCAGCACAAAAUGAACAUGAUUAGGGAAAAUAAGGAUUUGGCAUGUUUCUACACAACAAAACAUUCAUGGAGAGGAAAGUAUAAGCGUGUCUUUUCAGUUGGAACCCAUGCGAUUACUACGUAUAAUCCCAAUACCUUAGAAGUAACAAAUCAGUGGCCUUAUGGAGACAUUUGCAGCAUCAGUCCCGUUGGGAAAGGACAAGGAACAGAAUUCAACCUCACAUUUCGUAAAGGCAGUGGAAAGAAGUCAGAAACUUUAAAAUUUUCUACAGAGCACAGAACAGAACUUCUUACAGAAGCAUUGAGAUUUAGAACUGAUUUUUCAGAAGGAAAAAUCACAGGAAGGAGGUAUAACUGCUAUAAGCACCACUGGAGUGAUACAAGAAAACCUGUUGUUUUAGAAGUCACUCCUGGAGGCUUUGACCAAAUUAAUCCUGCAACCAACAAAGUCCUCUGUUCCUAUGACUAUAGAAAUAUUGAAGGCUUUGUAGAUCUCUCCGAUUAUCAAGGGGGAUUUUGUAUACUGUAUGGAGGAUUUAGUAGAUUGCAUUUAUUUGCUUCAGAGCAAAGAGAAGAAAUUAUCAAAAGUGCAAUAGAUCAUGCUGGCAACUACAUAGGUAUUUCAUUGCGCAUCAGAAAAGAACCUUUAGAAUUUGAGCAGUAUUUGAAUCUUCGCUUUGGAAAAUACAGCACUGAUGAAUCCAUCACAUCGUUAGCAGAGUUCAUAGUCCAAAAAAUAUCACCUAGACAUUCGGAGCCUGUAAAACGAGUUCUAGCACUUACAGAAACAUGUUUAGUAGAACGUGAUCCAGCAACAUACAAUAUUGCAACUUUGAAGCCUUUAGGAGAAGUAUUUGCAUUGGUUUGUGAUUCAGAAAAUCCACAACUUUUUACCAUUGAAUUUAUAAAAGGGCAAAUACGGAAAUAUUCUUCAACAGAGAGAGAUUCCUUAUUAGCAAGUUUGUUGGAUGGAGUAAGAGCCUCUGGUAACAGAGAUGUUUGUGUAAAAAUGACACCAACUCAUAAAGGUCAGCGAUGGGGGUUACUCAGCAUGCCUGUCGAUGAGGAAGUAGAGAGCCUUCAUCUCAGAUUUUUGGCCACACCUCCGAAUGGCAACUUUGCAGAUGCUGUAUUCAGGUUCAACGCUAAUAUUUCAUAUAGUGGAGUUCUGCAUGCAGUAACACAGGAUGGUCUCUUCUCAGAAAACAAAGAAAAACUGAUCAAUAAUGCCAUAACAGCAUUAUUGUCUCAAGAGGGAGAUGUUGUUGCUUCAAAUGCAGAACUUGAGAGUCAGUUCCAGGCUGUGAGGAGGCUUGUAGCUUCCAAAGCUGGUUUUCUGGCCUUCACUCAGCUUCCAAAGUUUCGGGAACGUCUAGGAGUGAAGGUAGUAAAAGCACUCAAGAGGAGCAACAAUGGAGUAAUCCAUGCAGCUGUUGAUAUGCUCUGUGCCCUCAUGUGUCCCAUGCAUGAUGACUAUGACUUAAGGCAAGAACAGCUGAACAAAGCUUCUCUUCUCUCUUCAAAGAAGUUUCUGGAAAACUUACUAGAGAAAUUUAAUUCCCAUGUGGAUCAUGGGACUGGUGCCCUAGUUAUUAGUUCACUCUUGGACUUCCUUACUUUUGCCCUCUGUGCUCCAUAUAGUGAGACAACAGAAGGACAGCAGUUUGAUAUGCUCUUAGAGAUGGUAGCAUCCAAUGGAAGAACCCUCUUCAAACUCUUUCAGCAUCCUUCCAUGGCAAUUAUCAAGGGAGCUGGAUUGGUUAUGAAGGCAAUAAUAGAGGAAGGUGACAAAGAAAUUGCUACAAAAAUGCAGGAGCUUGCCCUAAGUGAAGGUGCCUUACCUCGACACUUGCAUACUGCGAUGUUUACAAUAAGCUCAGAUCAGAGGAUGCUUACAAAUAGACAGCUAAGUAGACAUUUAGUGGGACUCUGGACAGCUGAUAACGUAACUGCGACAAACCUGUUGAAACGCAUUUUGCCGCCAGGCUUGCUGGCAUACUUGGACAGCUCAGAUCCAGUUCCUGAGAAGGAUGCUGAUCGCAUGCAUGUUAGAGAUAAUGUGAAAAUAGCAAUGGAUCAGUAUGGAAAAUUUAAUAAAGUUCCAGAAUGGCAAAGACUAGCUGGGAAAGCUGCUAAGGAAGUUGAAAAAUUUGCCAAAGAAAAAGUAGAUCUUGUGUUGAUGCACUGGAGGGAUAGAAUGGGCAUUGCACAAAAAGAGAAUAUAAAUCAAAAGCCAGUUGUUCUUCGGAAGAGAAGACAAAGAAUAAAAAUAGAAGCAAAUUGGGAUCUCUUCUAUUACAGGUUUGGUCAGGAUCAUGCCAAGUCAAACCUAAUUUGGAAUUUCAAAACACGAGAAGAACUGAGAGAUAGUCUUGAAUCUGAAAUGAGAGCAUUUAAUAUUGAUAGAGAGCUUGGUAGUGCUAAUGUGAUCUCUUGGAACCACCAUGAAUUUGAGGUUAAAUAUGAGUGCCUCGCAGAGGAAAUCAAAAUAGGAGACUAUUACCUGAGGUUACUGUUGGAGGAAGAUGAGAAUGAAGAAAGUGGAUCAAUUAAGAGAUCGUAUGAGUUUUUCAAUGAGCUCUAUCAUCGUUUCCUUCUCACCCCAAAAGUAAACAUGAAGUGUUUAUGUUUACAAGCCCUUGCUAUUGUUUAUGGCAGAUGUCAUGAAGAAAUAGGACCCUUUACAGAUACGAGAUAUAUCAUUGGAAUGUUAGAGAGGUGCACAGACAAACUUGAACGAGAUCGGUUGAUCCUCUUCCUUAACAAGUUGAUCCUUAAUAAGAGAAAUGUUAAGGAUCUCAUGGAUUCAAAUGGAAUUAGGAUCCUUGUGGACUUGCUUACCCUUGCACAUCUCCACGUAAGCCGAGCUACAGUACCACUGCAAAGCAAUGUAAUUGAAGCUGCUCCAGAUAUGAAAAGAGAGAGUGAAAAGGAAUGGUACUUUGGCAAUGCAGACAAAGAGAGGAGUGGCCCAUAUGGAUUUCAUGAGAUGCAAGAAUUGUGGACCAAAGGAAUGUUAAAUGCAAAAACCAGAUGCUGGGCUCAAGGCAUGGAUGGAUGGCGACCACUUCAGGCAAUACCUCAGCUUAAGUGGUGUCUGUUAGCCAGUGGACAGGCUGUACUAAAUGAAACUGACCUUGCUACCCUUAUAUUGAACAUGUUGAUCACAAUGUGUGGAUAUUUUCCAAGCAGGGAUCAAGAUAAUGCCAUCAUUCGGCCUCUACCCAGAGUGAAAAGACUGCUAUCAGACAGCGCUUGCCUACCCCAUAUCAUUCAGCUACUGCUGACCUUUGACCCUAUACUUGUUGAGAAGGUUGCGAUUUUGUUAUACCAUAUCAUGCAAGAUAACCCACAGUUACCUCGUCUUUAUCUUAGUGGAGUAUUUUUCUUUAUCAUGAUGUAUACAGGUUCCAAUGUGCUUCCUGUUGCUCGAUUUUUGAAGUAUACACAUACCAAACAGGCUUUCAAGUCUGAGGAGACAAAAGGACAAGAUAUUUUUCAGAGAAGUAUACUUGGACACAUCCUACCAGAAGCAAUGGUUUGUUACUUAGAAAAUUAUGAGCCUGAAAAGUUUUCUGAGAUUUUUCUGGGAGAAUUUGAUACUCCAGAAGCAAUCUGGAGCAGUGAAAUGAGACGCCUCAUGAUAGAGAAGAUUGCUGCCCAUCUUGCUGAUUUCACACCACGUCUUCAGAGUAACACAAGAGCACUUUAUCAAUAUUGUCCCAUCCCAGUAAUCAACUAUCCACAACUAGAAAAUGAACUAUUUUGUAAUAUUUAUUACCUCAAACAACUUUGCGAUACACUCCGGUUUCCAGAUUGGCCCAUUAAAGAUCCGGUUAAGCUUCUAAAAGAUACUCUUGAUGCCUGGAAGAAGGAAGUUGAAAAGAAGCCACCUACAAUGUCAAUAGAUGAUGCUUAUGAAGUGCUUAAUCUCCCUCAAGGACAGGGCCCGCAUGAUGAGAGCAAGAUUAGAAAAGCUUACUUCAGACUUGCACAGAAGUACCACCCUGAUAAGAAUCCAGAAGGGAGGGAUAUGUUUGAAAAAGUAAAUAAAGCAUAUGAAUUUUUAUGUACCAAAUCAGCAAAAAUAGUGGAUGGGCCAGAUCCAGAGAACAUAAUUUUAAUUUUGAAAACACAGAGCAUCCUCUUCAACCGUCAUAAAGAAGAUUUACAGCCUUAUAAAUAUGCAGGAUAUCCCAUGCUAAUUAGGACUAUAACAAUGGAAACUUCAGAUGACCUCCUGUUCUCAAAAGAAUCACCAUUGUUGCCUGCUGCUACAGAGCUAGCUUUCCAUACUGUCAACUGCUCGGCCCUCAAUGCUGAAGAGCUCAGGAGGGAGAAUGGAAUUGAGGUGUUACAGGAGGCAUUUAGUCGCUGUGUGGCUGUCUUGAAUCGUUCUAGUAAACCAAGUGACAUGUCAGUACAGGUGUGUGGACACAUAAGCAAAUGCUACAGUGUGGCCGCUCAGUUUGAAGAAUGCCGAGAGAAGAUCACGGAAAUGCCUGGCAUCAUCAAGGAUCUCUGUCGGGUGCUAUAUUUUGGCAAGAGUAUUCCACGGGUGGCCGCUCUCGGAGUAGAAUGUGUCAGUUCCUUUGCUGUUGAUUUCUGGCUACAGACACACCUAUUUCAGGCUGGAAUUUUGUGGCAUCUGCUUGGUUAUCUAUUUAAUUAUGACUACACGCUAGAAGAGAGUGGCAUUCAGAAAAGCGAAGAAACAAAUCAGCAGGAAGUAGCCAACAGCCUUGCUAAAUUGAGUGUCCGUGCUCUGAGUCGCCUUGGAGGAUACCUGCCUGAAGAACAAGCUACCCCAGAAAAUCCAACCAUAAGAAAAAGUUUAGCUGGCAUGCUGACACCCUAUGUUGCUAGAAAACUUGCUGUAGUUAGUGCUACUGAGAUUCUGAAGAUGCUUAACAGCAACACAGAGAGCCCCUAUUUGAUAUGGAACAAUUCUACAAGAGCAGAACUACUUGAAUUUCUUGAAUCCCAACAAGAAAACAUGAUUAAAAAAGGUGAUUGUGACAAAACUUAUGGAUCAGAAUUUGUCUAUAGCGAUCAUGCCAAAGAACUUAUUGUAGGGGAGAUUUUUGUUAGGGUGUAUAAUGAAGUCCCUACUUUCCAACUAGAGGUUCCAAAAGCAUUUGCCGCAAGUCUUUUGGAUUAUAUAGGCUCCCAGGCCCAGUACCUCCACACAUUCAUGGCUAUCACACAUGCUGCAAAAGUGGAGUCAGAGCAACACGGAGACCGCUUGCCAAGAGUGGAAAUGGCUUUGGAGGCUCUGAGAAAUGUCAUAAAAUAUAAUCCAGGCUCUGAAAGUGAAUGCAUUGGACACUUUAAGUUAAUAUUUUCUCUUCUCCGAGUCCAUGGAGCUGGUCAAGUGCAGCAGUUGGCUUUAGAGGUUGUGAAUAUAGUGACAUCUAACCAAGAUUGUGUCAACAAUAUUGCUGAAUCAAUGGUUUUGUCCAAUUUAUUGGCUCUUCUACAUUCAUUGCCAUCAAGUCGUCAGCUUGUUCUGGAAACUCUUUAUGCUUUGACCUCAAGUACAAAAAUAAUCAAAGAAGCAAUGGCAAAAGGAGCCUUGAUUUACUUAUUAGAUAUGUUCUGCAAUUCAACACAUCCACAGGUUCGAGCCCAAACAGCAGAACUUUUUGCUAAAAUGACCGCAGACAAACUAAUAGGUCCAAAGGUCCGCAUUACGCUAAUGAAAUUUCUACCAAGCGUUUUCAUGGAUGCCAUGAGAGACAACCCUGAAGCUGCUGUACAUAUUUUUGAAGGAACUCAUGAAAAUCCUGAGUUAAUUUGGAAUGAUAGCUCCAGAGAUAAAGUGUCUACAACAGUUAGAGAAAUGAUGCUAGAGCACUUUAAAAAUCAGCGAGAUAACCCUGAUGUAAAUUGGAAGUUGCCUGAAGAUUUUGCUGUGGUGUUUGGAGAAGCAGAGGGUGAACUUGCUGUUGGAGGAGUUUUCUUGAGAAUCUUUAUUGCACAGCCAGCGUGGGUUCUAAGAAAGCCUAGAGAAUUCCUUAUUGCACUAUUAGAAAAAUUAACUGAGCUCCUGGAGAAGAACAAUCCUCAUGGAGAAACUUUGGAAACUUUGACAAUGGCAACAGUAUGUCUCUUCAAUGCACAGCCUCAGCUGGCUGACCAGGUCCCACCAUUGGGCCACCUCCCCAAAGUGAUCCAGGCAAUGAAUCAUAGGAACAAUGCCAUUCCUAAGAGUGCCAUCCGCAUUAUCCAUGCCCUGUCUGAAAAUGAGCUGUGUGUUCGAGCCAUGGCAUCUUUGGACACCAUUGGCCCACUGAUGAAUGGGAUGAAAAAACGACCAGAUACUGUUGGUUUAGCCUGUGAAGCAAUUAAUCGAAUGUUUCAGAAGGAGCAGAAUGAAUUAGUAGCACAAGCCCUGAAAGUAGAUCUGGUCCCAUACCUCUUAAAAUUACUUGAAGGCAUUGGUCUUGAAAAUCUUGACAGCCCAGCAGCCACUAAAGCUCAGAUUGUUAAAGCUCUCAAGGCCAUGACUCGAAGCCUGCAGCAUGGAGAACAGGUGAGUGAAAUCUUGUCUCGUUCUUCAGUCUGGAGUGCCUUCAAAGAUCAGAAACACGAUUUGUUUAUUUCUGAGUCACAAACAGCAGGAUACCUCACAGGACCUGGAGUUGCUGGCUACCUUACUGCAGGGACAUCCUCGUCAGUCAUGUCCAACCUGCCGCCUCCCGUAGACCACGAGGCAGGCGACCUUGGCUAUCAGAGUUGACACCUUUGUGAGAGACAGUAAAUGCUGACAGGCCAGUGCCCAGUCCACAUUCCUCCAGCUGAUACGUUGAAACAAACUCUUACUGCCUUUCUCCUGGUUUCAUGACAGUGUUAUUCCUUUUUCUAUAAAUAUAUUUUUAUUUAGGAAAAAAAGUCAGUGAUUCUAAUUGUAUCACGUUGUAAGAAAGCACUCUGUGGAUCAGCCUAAGUGGGUACACAAGUUUUUUUUCUUGAUGUAUGUAAGCACAUUCUGUUCCUUUGUAUCUGUUUACAAGACUGUGAAUCAAAAAGACAAAACUUUCUUCCUAGUUUUUAUAAUGUUUUUUUUUUUGAAUUAGCGUGACUGUGGGGUUGAACUGCAAUCUACAGAAAUUGGACUAGGUCACUUGUCCCCGGAAGACAGUGUUUCCCUCUCCUGCAUCGAGUCCCUGUGGCUGUCCCCCUCCACCGUCCAACACUAGUAGGCUUCAUCCUCGUGCCUGUUCCCCGGUAUCCUCUCCCCAAUCAUUAACCUUCUGAGAGCUCACAGUACAUGUCGGUAUGUAUAACUGACUUUACCAAAUUGAAUGAAAAAGGAGCUUGUGCAAAAAAAUUUAAAAACGGAUGUCAAGAUGUUAUGUAAGAGAUUAGUGUAAUUGUGAAAUGUUCUAUACAGUAUCAAAUAUAUAAAGCUUUCUAUAUUGAAUGUACAUUAUACAGAUCAUUCAUAUGUGUACAUAAAAUUUUAAAAAUAAAGGGAAUUGACUGCUUUGUUAAUGAGAUAUAUUUGUUCUAAUUUAAUGUUUCCCUUUGAGGAUCUCCUGCUUUUUUCUAAGACAGAUCUAGUACUAGGAAUAAACACAAACGCUCCCUCGCGUUCACAGCUCCUCAUCCAGACAACUACGUUGACACAUCUGAUCAUUCCCAAUGCCCUUUGGUAAUAUUUCAGCCACAUCUGAAUUUCCAGAAACUAGCGUUUCAUUUAUUUUCUGUUUAAUAAUUCAGGAAUGGGUGAGGCUAGUAUUACUCUAAUGGGUGAGACACAUUAAUUUCAACAUUUUUUAAAGCGAGAGAAAUUUAAAGUGAGAGCAUAUUUCAAAUAAUACAGAUCUCAGCACAUAGGUCUCCUAGUAUGAUCAUAAACUACAAGAAAAUGAAAACCUGUAAAGAAUACAAACACUUCUUAAAGAAUGAGGAAACACCCACACCUCCACAUUGCCUUUGAAAGCAAGAGCCAAGUUUAUUCCAUAGUUGAUGUGUAAGCAGAGUGUAAUGGAGACUUACUCCCCCGAUAAGUCUCUAAUUCAGACUUUUGAAUCAUCUCUCAAAGGUUAUAGAGUAAUAUACCCAUGCACAUAUUUUAAUAUACAACUGUGGUUUUAGUUUCUAGGCAAUACUUGUCAUAAAAAUAUGUUCACUAAAAGAAAUUGUAACAGCUAAUUUAGGAGUAGGUGGUAUGGAAGAGCACAAAUUAAUAUAUUUCCUUUAAGUACUAGGAGAACAUAAAUAUUGUGAGUAUUUAUGAUAUUUAAAGGGCUAUUUAAAUUAAUUCACAAUCACUGAUAGUUAAGUAAUAGCUCAUUCUUACUGAACAUAGGCUGUAUGCCAAACAUCCUGUAAACUCAUACAUACGUAGUCUCAUUUAAUCCUCAGAACAAACCUAUGGGCUUGAUACUGAUAAAAUUCUUAUCUUCCAGGUGAAGAACAUGGGCUAAGAGAGGCAAAGCAACUUAGCAAAAGUCACACAACUAGUAAGUAACAGAGUCAGAAAUCAAAACUACUUAGACCUGACACCAAAGUCUGUCCUGAGCCAUGAUCCUAACACAGCAGCAAUCUGAAGCAGUAUGUAACUAGGAAAACUGAGAGGUGUUUUUUUUUUUUUUUUCUGUUUUGUUUUUAAACAUUUUUUACUGUAAACCAAAACACAACUACAGAAAAUCUCGCUGAACAAAUUCGUCGUUAAAAGGCAAAUCACCCUUGAAACUACCAUCUAUGUCAAGAACUUUGCCAGCCUCUCCAGAAGCCCCUUCAUGUGCCCCCAUCAAAAUCACAGCCACUCCCUUCUUCUUGAAAGUGACCACUUUAAAAAAAAAAAAAAAAAAAAAGGACCACUUGUCUUACGCUUCCUUGUGUUCCUUUGUAGUUUAUCACCCAAGUGUACAUUCCUAGGGUUUGGUCUUGCAUUUUUCCUUCUGUUAAUAUAUUUUUGAGUCUUUUUAAAUCUUGUGGCUCCCUUUCCAUCUGCCUUUUCCCUAUAACUUUGUUGAAGGCCCUGAGGCCGUUGGUUGGUUUUCCCAGUCUUGAGGUUACUGAUCACACAUUCCUAGUGCAAUUCAACUUAUUCCUCUGCUCUUUGCAUCUAGAGGCUUGAUCAAACUCUGGUUCCAUUCCUUUGGCAAGACUAGAGGGGGGCUUGGUUUUUUUUUGUUUUCUUAGAAGCACAUCAUGCCUGUAAGACAUGUGAUAUUAACAAUAAGGGAAUCUCAGUGUGACUAGAUCCAUUCAUAUACUGGGAGUUAUAAAAUGCUGCUAUUCCACUUAGUAACUGGAAUGCUUUUAUAAAGAAAUGCUUUCUUACAAAAAAAAAAAAAAAAAAAAGCAAAAA